GAUCGUGUAAUAAUACCACAUCCACGACGUGGUUUUGCAUUCGUGACAUUUAACGAUGCGAACGUGACGAAACGAUUUAUCGAGAUGCAGGAUGUGGUGAUCGGUGGUGCGAGUGUAGCGGUCAGUUAUCCGACGCCUCGGAAGGAGAUGGACGAUUUGGUGGACUUUGGAGGAGGAGGGGAAUUUGGCGGUGGUGCUAGCGGUGGUCUAGAUUCUGUGGGCGCUGCUUAUUCGGUGGCAUAUACACCUGGAAUGCCAACUGCCGCCGGUACGGCAGCAGCAGCUGGUGGUAUCUCUUCUGGAUCUUAUCGUCAGUUUGCGGGUGCUGCGGUUUCGCCGGGAAGUUUAGCGGGUUUCGGAGGUAUCGGUGCGGGAAUUGCGGUGGAUGGCUUCAGUAGCAGUAGUGGCGGUGGUGGUGGUUUGAUGGGUUCAACGGGUCGUGCGGGUAUGUCGUCACCGAUUGGCGGUGGUUUUAGCUCUGGUGGUAGUUCGGGUAGUUUUAGUGGAAGCCAGGGAGGUGGUGGUGGUGGUCUUUUGCCGCCGUCAUCUCAACAUGGUGGAAGGUCAUAUGGUUACUUCCAUCACGCACAUCAGCAGCAGCAAGUUGCUGGAGGUCAGCACCAUCAGUUAUUGCAGCAACAGCAGCAG